AUGACUCGGGUAUUGUGCGUGGCGGAGAAGCCAUCGAUCGCAAAAGCAGUCGCAAAUCAUCUGGGCGGCCAAGCCCGAGCAGAAAGUGUCCGCGGUAUCCAGUGGGUCAAGAAUUACAAGUUUGAUUUCCGCUUCCAAAACUGGGGGCAAUGCUCUGUAACGUUCACAUGCGUUGCCGGACAUAUCGUUGCGCAGGACUUCAACGAUCGAUUCAAGAAAUGGCACUCAUGUCAGCCCGCAGCACUGUUCGAGGCACCCAUAGUGUCGAGCAUAGCAGAAGACAAAAAGGUUGUAGCGAGCAAUAUCGAAGCGCAAGCCAGGUGGGCGAACAUCUUGUUCAUCUGGACUGAUUGUGAUCGCGAAGGCGAGCAUAUCGGCACUGAGAUUCGUGAUAUUGCGCUGAAGGCGAACCCAAACAUGCAGGUUUGGAGAGCGCGCUUCAGCAAUAUCGAGAGAGCGCACGUUAUACAGGCCUCACAGAACCCGAUCCGCCUAGACGAGAAGCAGGCUCAAGCUGUUUCGGCUCGUAUUGAGCUAGAUCUGCGGCUCGGUGCAGCCUUCACACGCAUGCAGACACUGGCGCUACAAAACAUGAUUCCUCAGCAGGGCGAAGAGCGAUUCAAGUUGAUCAGCUACGGCUCCUGUCAAUUUCCAACGUUAGGCUUCGUUGUCGAUCGCUAUCUGCGAGUGCGAAACUUUGUUCCUGAGCCAUUUUGGUACAUCAAGCUCGCACACAAGAAAGACGACAUUGAAGUCAAGUUUAACUGGCGACGAGGUCAUCUUUUCGAUCGCAUGGCGGUCGUCCUCAUCUUCGAGAGAUGUCUGCUCUCAAAGACAGCAAAAGUGGUCAAGAUGGCGAAGAAACCCACGAAGAAGUGGAAACCAUUACCUCUGACGACAGUUGAACUACAAAAGAAUGGAAGUAGAUUUCUUCGCAUGACUUCGCAAGACGUCAUGAAAGUGGCCGAAGACCUGUAUACGAAAGGGUGGAUCAGUUACCCUCGUACGGAGACCGACCAAUUCGAUCGUGGUAUGGACCUGCGAGCGCUUGUCGGAAGGCAAACACAAGACGGUCGCUGGGGUCCGUUUGCACAGAAUCUCAUGAACGGUGGCUUUCAUCAACCUCGCGAGGGCCGCAACAACGACAAAGCACAUCCGCCCAUUCAUCCCGUCAACUACGUCGCGUCAUCUCAGCUCAACGACAGAGAGCGCAUUGUGUACGAAUUUGUCGUCCGCCGCUUUCUCGCAUGUUGCUCUGAAGACGCUGUCGGUGAAGCCACAGACAUCGAAAUCGAGUACGGAGGCGAGAUUUUCCAUGCACAUGGCCUUACCGUGAUUGCCAGGAACUAUCUCGACGUGUACCCAUACGACAAGUGGGAGAGCAGUCAAGUGCUCCCCCAGUACACGGUAGGUGAAACGUUCGAGCCUACAGAAGCGAACAUGCUGGACGGGCAAACGUCGGCACCUAGCUACCUCACCGAGCCUGAACUCAUCGCGCUCAUGGAUGCGAACGGCAUCGGCACAGAUGCAACCAUGGCCGAGCAUAUCGCCAAGAUCAAGGAGCGCGAAUACGUCAUUGCAAGACUCAAAGCGGGCGGCGCAGCAGCAGCCGCAGAUGGCACAGGUGCAGGUAGAGGCCGCGGCAGAGGAAGAGGAGGGGCACGAGGGGGACGUGGUGGGCGAGGCGGCGCAGCCGUAGGCCAGAACAACGGAGGAGGAACGGGCGGAAUACAAGAGUUCAUCCCAACGACGCUGGGUAUCGCGCUUAUCGAAGGAUACGACAACGUGGGGUUUGAGACAAGUCUCAGCAAACCAUUCCUCCGGAAAGAAAUGGAGGUCCAGAUGAAGGCCAUCUGCGAAGGCCGCACUACGCGCAACGAAGUGGUGCAUCAGAACCUCGAGCAGUACCGGGCCGUUUUCACUCGCACGGUGCAGCAGAUCAACGUCCUCAAAUCGGCUAUCACGAAGUAUGUUGUCAACGCAAAUCAUGGUUGA